AUGGCGUCACCACUCUCCCCUACGAGUUACGCCAUUCUUGAAAGCGAUCACAGCCAGGAAAGCGGCCACACGGGGGCGGUCGUGGCCACUCCGAUCGAGAAGCCUCGAGCUGGCCGGAUGAUCAACCAAGAGAUCGAGGUCAAGUACGAGGCCAUUCGGAACCCGUGCGUGCUGAGCUGGAGCGACUUGAGCUACACCGUCAAGGGCAAGAAGGCGCCGGAGCUGCCAUGGGGCACCAAGACCAUCCUGGACCGAGUCAGUGGCCGCUGCGCGCCCGGCGAGCUCACGGCCAUCAUGGGCCCGUCGGGUUCGGGUAAGACCACGCUCGUGGACUUGCUGGCCGACCGCAUCAGCUCGGGCGACGUGGCCGGCCUGAUCGAAGUGAACGGCACGCAGCGAAACACGAAAACUUUCCGGGCCGUGACGAGCUACGUCGCUCAGGAGGACACGCUGCUGGGGUCCUUCAUAGUGGUGGAGACCAUGAGGAUGGCGGCCAAGCUCAAUCUGCCCAACACCGUCACGUCGCACGAAAUCGAGAUCCGCGUCGAGAACGUCAUGGACGCCAUGGGCCUCGGGACUGCCCGCGACACACUGGUCGGAGACAUCUUCCGCAAGGGGCUGUCGGGUGGCCAGAAGCGCCGACUUAGCAUCGCCAUCGAGCUGCUGUCGAACCCGAGCAUUCUCAUCUUGGACGAGCCCACGAGCGGCCUGGACUCCAGUGCAGCUCACAACGUCAUGAAGUUCAUCGUGAAGCUCUGCGAAGAGGGCAAGACCGUCGUGUGCACGAUCCACCAGCCGUCGUCGCUGGUCUACGAGAUGUUCACGAAUGUGAUCGUGCUCUCGGCCGGCCAAACGGUGUACUGCGGGCCUCGGGCCACGAUGAUCCCGUACUUCGCCUCAACAGGCUACGACUGUCCGCAGUACAUGAACCCGGCCGAGUACUUCAUCAGUUUGGUCAACACAGACUUUGAAGAUCAUGCUGAAGUGCCCAAGCUCAUCCAGGACAGAAUCAACCGAGACCGAUCUACACUCAAACACUUGCCCGAUAUUCGCAAGCGUCCUCCUUCGGCGCUGCGCCAGUUCGGCGUGCUCAUGUACCGCAACACGCUGAACAACAUCCGCAACCCGGGCAUCUACUGGAUCAGACUCUUCAUGUACUUCUGCCUCAGCUUCAUGGCGUUCCUGGUGUUCAUGUCGGUGGCCGUGCUGCCCUUCUUCAUCGAGCAGCGCGCCGUGUUCGCCCGUGAGCGCGCCAACAGCUCGCUGAGCGUCGUGAGCUACGUGUGCGCCAACUUUUUGGCCACACUGCCGGGCAUCUUCCUCAUCGCGGUCAUGUCGACGGCGCUGGUGGUGCUGCUGGCGGGGCUCAACGCGUUCGAGUACUUCUUGCUCAACCUGUUCCUAUCGCUCGUGGUGGCCGAGUCCAUGAUGCACGUGAUCGGCGCCGCGGUGCCGCACUACAUCAUCGGCAUCGCGCUGGGCGCGGGCGUGUUCGGCAUGUUCAUGCUGUGCGAGGGCUUCAUGGUGCCGCGCGACUCGAUCCCGGACUACUGGAUCUGGGGCUACUACCUGGCGUUCCACUCGUACUCGUUCGAGUCGUUCGUGUUCAAGCAGUUCGAGAACGAGACAUCGGAGGAGGCCAAGGGGAUUCUGACCAAGUACGGCAUGGAGAACGUGGACGUAUCAAGGAACAUGUUGCUGCUGAUUGUGUAUAUUGUGGGUUUCCAGGCCAUCUUCGCCUUCAUCCUGUGGAAGUUCCACACGGGCCGUCGCUGA